AUACAAACAAGUGAAAACAGAAGUACGAUAAAGACCGCUAGGUUCAGAUAUUGCAUGAUUUCCCAUAGAGUUCAUACACCGAAAACCAUAAAUCUUACAUCAAAUGGUGUUUGAGUAUACACUCAGUCAAACUGAGUUCUAUCAGUGAGAAAACAUUUCCAGCAGGGCAGUUUCAAAUUCGUAAUCCGUGUCAGCAGCGCCAACGCUUACAUCUAGAACAAUGAAAUCGCCGCUGCCAGUACCAGAAUUUCUGGAAGAGAAUAAUUUAUCAUUAUCCUUCAAACAACCACGACGGCGGAACCAGCCACAACGUCCACCAAGGCCACCGAAGUUAUAUCCAAAAUUUGAUGCAAGCUUCAGCCGCAGUUUGAACGGCACAUCGACGGCUACCGCGAUUUCGUUUAAGAACAGUCAAACAGAACUCAGUUCGCUGUACCAGCGGGAAAAGCGUGAGUCAUACUACGAGCAGUGUUUCGAACAGAUAACAAAAGUCGGCGAGGGUUCUUUCGGUGAAGUAUUCAAGGUGAAAAGUCGACUGGAUGGAUGUUUGUAUGCGGUGAAGAAGUCGAAGGAAUUUUUCCGGGGAGAGAACUAUCGGCAGGAACGAUUGGAAGAGGUCCGGAGGUACGAACAGUUUAGUGAGCAUGAGAAUUGUAUUAAGUUGUACCAGGCGUGGGAGCAAGAUGAUCGGCUGUAUAUGCAAAUGGAACUCUGUAAGGGUAGCCUUGAGGAUUAUGCCAUGGAGCAGCGUUUCAUUCCGGAAAGCAAAAUAUGGUCUAUACUGCUGGAUCUAUUAUUGGGUCUGAAGAGUUUGCACGAUAGGAAUUUAAUUCAUCUGGAUAUCAAGCUCGACAAUAUUCUGAUAACGGACGACGGUGUUUGUAAAUUAGCGGACUUUGGGCUGGUGUUUGACUUGAGUAACAACAGUUUGAAUCGUGCAACUGAAGGUGACUCACGAUAUAUUGCUCCUGAACUGAUGGAAGGACGGUAUACGAAAGCAGUGGAUAUUUUCAGUUUGGGUAUUGCAAUUUUAGAGCUUUCGUGUAACUUGGAGCUCCCAUCAAACGGACCGUUGUGGCAAAAUUUGCGCAGCGGUUCCCUCCCGGCAGAGAUCCUGUGUAGGCUUUCCCAAGAUCUACAGGAUGUUAUCCGAUGGAUGAUAAGUCCGGCUCCAGAGUCACGUCCUUCCGUCGACAUAUUGCUGCAAUGUUCAAGGAUAGCAGAUCUGUACCGUGAAAGAAAACGCUGGCGAUUGAUUCGGAAAGUAAAAUCCUAUAUGCACCGGAAGCUGUGUAAUCUUAGAUGUCUCCUGGCAAGUUUAGUGCUUUCGAUAGCAAAUUACCUGCGGCUGAACCACGAGAAACCAUCCAGCCCUGACGUUAACUACAGAAGGCCGAAUGUAAACUGCAAUCGAAGCAAUCAGAACGGAAUCAACAGUAGCGUACGGACAUGUCUCAUGAAAGACUUCGAUGAGGAAUUGGAUGAUGAUUUGUUGUCUGGAGGUGAACCAGAUCUUGAUGCAUCGGAUAAAAGCAGUGGAACUGGAGUACAGAUUACCCCUACCUUGAACAAUACGGUUCCAUUACACACGCCAAGCUUAAGGAUGAUGAACUCGACGCCACUGAAUCAUAAUCACACGGGAAUGAGAAUUACCUUCAGGAAUAAUAAUAUUGACACACCGUCCAGGAAUAUAAGUUUCGAUUCGGGCGAGGAAGAUUUUUUCCUCUCUUUGAGCAACAGCCAUCGGGUUGAUGAUCAAUCGUUACAUUCACGCCACUCCCUACUCCACAACUCGGGUUACUGUGCUGAUUCGUCUCUUCUCACCAAGAAGAAAUUGUUCUUCCAAUCUGAUGACUCAGAUUGACUGCACCAGUUAAGCUUAAAGGCAACGCAAAGGCAAUGUGGUAACCGCCUAUGGACCGUGUCGCCUUCGUGUCAAAAGUUUAUGAUGUAGCAUUAGUGAAGAUCUCACAGGCGGAUGAAUGUCUGAUUGCGCUAUCAUGUUAACUUAUGUUAUACAUCAUCGUUCUUUAAAAAUACGUACGUACUUGCGAGCUAUAUCUACCUAUGGAUUACAGCGAUAAAUUCAGUUAGAGACAAAAUCUAUACGUUCCACAAAAUUGCAUCGUACAUGGAACCGAAAAUGAAGUGAUGUUUUUUUUGUUAAACCGUAAAUCAGUAAUAGUGAGGGCCCAGCUAUUAUCGCAUACUAAUACAAUGAUAAAACGCACUAAUGCACUUGUGAUAUUCGUGAGAAAUCAAAGUAAAAACAAUAAUUAUGGAAAUCUCUCAUGUUUCUGGCUUAAAUGCUAGUGUUAUAGCUUCGUGCCAGUUUUAAUUGAGUUUCUUCAAAAUUUAUUUACGAUAAUUGAUAAUCAGGCUGAUGGGAAAAUUAAGGUUUCUCGGGUAACAGAAAGUAUAUUAGAAUACUUUCUAUCGUAGUAAGUGUUGAACAUAGAAGAUAUAUAAUAUCAGGCAGUCGCAUAUACAUUUCACUAAUAUAUUUUUAUAGAAUUUCUAUAUAACAAUGUAACGCAAUAAACUGGUUAAUCUAUACCAUUACUUUCUUACUUCU